AUGAUUUCGAAAAUGUUGAUUGCUUGCGUGUUAGUGCUUGUGCCACUGAUCGUCAAUGCUGGUAUUGAUGAUGUAUGUCUUGCGUGCAUCUGCCAAGUUGAAUCAGGCUGUCAACCUCUUGGAUGUCGUUGGGAUGUUUAUUCCAAUUCGUGUGGUUAUUAUCAAUUAAAAAAAGGUUAUUGGCAAGAUUGUGGUUCACCAGGUGGUUCGCUCGAGGCGUGUGCUGCUGACAAGAGUUGUGCUGAUCGAUGUGUACGGGCUUAUAUGCAACGAUAUGCGAACCGAUGUACUGGUGGUCGUACACCAACUUGCCGAGAUUAUGCUCGCGUUCACAAUGGAGGACCUAGUGGAUGCAAAUCGACAAGCACAAUUGGUUAUGGUAAUCGUGUUAUGUCAUGCUAUUAUAAGUAA